CGAAGGGGGAGGAAGGGAGCACUGAAGGGCUUAAUUGAUAUGCCACUAGAUGUUUUACUUGAGAUAUUCGGACAUUUGCUUCCCUACGACGUUCUUCGUUUGGCACGAUUAACCAAAGAAUUCAGAAGGCUCCUUAUGCAUCCUUCAUCUCGCUCUUGCUGGAGAGCAUCUCUUUCUAACGUCCCCAAUUUACCGGACACCUUUCCUGGCAUGACCGAACCGGCUUGGGUCAACCUCGUCUUUCACCCGCAAUGUCAUGUAUAUCUUCCGCAUUUCCUCCAUGAAUCGAAUGCUAAAUCCCACUAUCAGUUCUGUUCACGAAAUAUGCCGGUGACGGUCAUGCUUGCCGGUAUGCUUCCGAUGCAGAUCGACAGAAGUGAGCCCCCGAUAGUCCCUAUGCAACUCGGACUGACUUGUCCUAAAGCCACCGGACGCAAACACAUCCUUCGACAAGACUUUCACGACCUUGCUAAUCAGUUCAAACUUACUAAUAACCCGCAAGAGAAAGAAUUAUUCAAAUCGCAAAAAUCGGCAAUGGCAAGAGAGAUAGAACAACGCGCCAGAGAAUGUCUCGUUUGGACCAAAUGUUACUCCAUUGACCAGCUGACCGAAAUAAUCGGUCAGAAGGCCAAUCGUCUCAGGGCUAUCCACAACAAACUUGUAGAUCUUGGCUGGACUCAGGAGCUAGACUUUCUGGAGCGGCAGAAUGACUACCACAUUUUGUCGGAACAUCGCUUUGUGGACCAGACUCGCCCUUUAACUGAUCGCAUAUGGACGAGAAUUGAACCUGCUAUCAUCGAGCUUCUCCAAGACGUACGAGUUCGUCGGCUACAGGCAGAGCACGACGCAUUGAUUCGUGCGCGAAAGAAUGUGGCUCUUUCGAUCCUACGCACCUACAAAAGAAUCAAUAUACCUUUCUCGGGUUUCAUGCCUGAGUGCCCUGAUUACUUCGAAUUUCCAGACGUCAGAGCCAUCAUUCAUCGCCCUCCCGAAGAGACCAUCGAUCAUACCAGUUUUGAACACAUCCCGCCUCUCCUACCGGACCUGAUUGAAGCCUGGCGCGACCGGGUACACGAGGAGCUGUAUGCCCUGAUUAAGGAUUCAGAUCCGACAUCGACCAUCGAUGAGCGGGAGGCCUUACACCUUGCCACUACAAUAUUCACCUGCGAAACCUGCACACAUAUUUAUCACGACCUUUCAGAUUCUAAUUCUGAUCUGGGGAUUGUCAACGGAUUUGGCAUUAUGACCUAUCCAGGGGUGUUGUCUCAUAAAUGCCUUACUAGAGGCGAGGCUGACCCUGCAGAUAUACCGGCACCGAUAGAGAAGGUGGAUGCUAUCGUGUAUGUCAGUAACAAGCGUUCGAAUCGUCUCGCUUGGAGCUCGCACACCCUACGGAUCAUUCCACGACAUGCGGGGAUCGCCGAGGACAUUGUCAUUGCAGCAGGAAAGGAUCCCAAGACUACGAGCGCAGUAGAGAUGGAUCAGCUGUUGCUUUAUUUCUUUUGCAUGGACUGCGCUACAUUCGAGGACGUCGACAGAGUCGAGCAAGCCUCCGGGAAGAUAUGGAAGUGGCGAUUAGCGUUCAGACAUAUUCUGAGAAAACACUAUACUUCCGGCAAGGCACAUUGGUGUAUCCUUACUCCCAACCAAAUCCUCCAAUACAGUCUAGAACCGCCAUCUAAGUUUCUUACCUUCCGUGUGAUGGCCGGAAAUUAUCUCUGUAAAUGGUGCCUUGAUUCCUCGACGGAGAGUUCCCCAGUUCCUCGACAUUUUAUUCAGGAUCAUAUUAGAGCCAGGCACGACAUCGAUGAUCCUGCAGAGAACAGCGAUUACAUCCGCGUCUUUGGCACACCACCAGACAGAAGCGGGGCUUUCUUUACCGCUCGCCUUAAGGCAGCAGACGUAAGGGCGCUCGUCAAGCAGAUGGAUUCGGGAUCACCAGUCAUUAAGACAGAAUCUGAUGAGGACGUUAGCUUGAACGGAGGUGGUUUAUUACACUGACUUAUAGUUACAGUAGUGAUACAG